AUGGCCUCCUUCCAAGCUCGCCUGCCAAAGACACCAUAUGCCGACGCCUACCAGUCUCGCUACAUUGAGGAGAUCCUUUGCCUAGGUGGCGGGAAUGAAGACGCUCCAAACGGUCCAUAUGCCGAGAUGGAUACCGAACUUCUGGGUCACGUCAACUGCAGCUAUCUCUCAACACAUGGACACGCGCCUACGCUGCUCGCCCUCAAGCAACACGCGCAAGCGCUGACCAUCCUGAUUGCCCAGCUCGCGCCGACAUCUCAGUACGCCGAGGUGGACAAUGAGAACAACAACGAGGGCCGCAUCCAAAAGUCGUUUAGAGACAACGAGGCCUUUGACUGGCUCAACGACUUGCAGAAACCAUACACAAACGAAGACGAGUGGCACAACAAGCCCCUGACCGACCUCAUGAACCUGAUCCAGCACGAGUCCGACACCCAGGGCACCGUCCACCACUGCCCCCUUCACGAAUUCAACGAAGACGAGGACAAGCGGACCAAACCCCGCCCCUACGCCACGCACACCGCUCUGGCCUCCCACGCAAACGAGUGUCUCGAGAUGCUGGACCACGAGUACGGCGCCACGGGCGGCCUCCUCUCCCUCCUCCCGACCAACGAGCACCGCGACUCGGACGAGAUGGCCGCCGUGCGCAAUAGCCUCCUCGGCCAGUGGCUCCUCUACACCCAGCACCUCGUGGCGCGCAUGCACGACCUCGAGCUCGGCUACGCCAACGCGCUCGACGUCACCGCGGGCGAGGCCGCCGUGCCGAUGCAGAUGCUCUCGAGGAUGGGGCCGGACGCCGCCUCGGGCCGCGAGGUGGCGUAUCCGCAGGACAAGUGGAUCCUCGCCAACGCGGGCGACGACGUGUUUGAAUUUUUGCACCGCGUGCUGGACAGGCAGGAGGCGCAGAUUGAGCAGAAGAGGGAGGCGUGGGCGGCGAACGGGACGCACGGGGAGCGCAUGUGGAACGAGCAGCGAGGCGGGGAUCUCUACGCCCGCGGGCUGGUGUUCUACGACGUCAAGACGAGGUAUUACAGGCUGGCGGGCAAGGGGAGCAAGAGCACCAUCUUCGUGCUGCCGGCGCACGGGGAGCACCCUGCCGUGCAGCAGACGCGGCGGCUGGAGGUGACGCCGACGGUGGUGUCGGUGGUGGCGCCGAAGUGGCCUGCGCGGGUGUCGGACUGGGAGAGCAAGUACAAGAGCCAGCUGGACGAGGCGACGCGGAUGGGGAUUCAGAAUCACCGGUUGACCAGUGCGGGCGAGGCGAUGAAGGAGCACAAUGAGAUGUUGGCGACGGAGCUCGACAAGGCGAGAUUCAUGAACGAGCAGUUUGAGAAGUACUACGGGCGGUCCGAGGUGGCGGAGGGGCCGAGGAUGUUGGAGAGGGCGGUGUCGAUCUUGCAGAGGGACGUCAAGGACAAGACGGAUGAGAUUACGGGGCUGUUGAAUAUGGUGAGGGAGGUGAGGGAUAAGUUGCCGAAUCAGUUUGCGGGGUUGUUUGAUGAUUUGUUGGAGUUGAGUGAGGAGGAGGAGGAGGUUACUGCUGAUGCGGGUGGCGAGGCGGCUGAGGAAGAUGUGGUUUGA